CGAACGUCGUGUUGGAUGUUUGUAGCACAUUAAAUAGAGCGCGUAUUGGGGAGUUCAAGUAUAGCCAGUACAGAAUGGCAACCACAAUGAAACUACCAGCCAUGUUGCUGGGCGGAGGACUACAAGCAACACCCAUUCCAACAACGGCGGCAACUGCUGCCCUGCCUAGAUCCGAAACGAAGCCAAGCCCCGAACCUGAACAGGAGCAGCAGCGCAAUUUGGAUGAGGAGCAGUAUCUGAAUUUGAUACGCAAGAUCCUGUGCAUAGGAGAUCAUCGCAUCGAUCGGACCAAGGUAGGCACCAUUUCGAUAUUCGGCGCUCAGAUGCGCUUCGAUCUGCGCGAUCGCUUUCCACUGCUCACCACCAAGCGCGUCUUCUGGCGCGCUGUCGUUGAGGAGCUGCUCUGGUUUAUACACGGCAAGACGGAUGCCAAGCUACUGCAGGCAAAGAACAUACAUAUCUGGGAUGGGAAUAGCAAUCGUGAGUUUCUCGAUCUGUGCGGUUUUACGGAUCGCGUCGAGGGCGACCUGGGGCCGGUAUAUGGCUUUCAGUGGCGUCACUUUGGCGCCAAGUACCGCGGCUGCAGCGACGACUAUUCCGGCGAGGGAGUCGAUCAACUGCAACGCGUCAUACACACCAUACGCCACGAUCCGAACGAUCGACGCAUGAUCAUGUCCUCGUGGAAUCCAUCGGAUAUCCCACAGAUGGCACUGCCGCCGUGCCACUGUCUGGCCCAGUUCUAUGUGGCGCAGGGCGAGCUAUCCUGCCAGCUCUAUCAGCGCAGUGCUGAUAUGGGUCUGGGUGUGCCCUUCAACAUUGCAUCCUAUGCGCUGCUCACGUGCAUGAUCGCGCAUGUGACGGGUCUGCGACCGGGCGAGUUUGUGCACGUCACGGGCGACACCCAUGUCUAUCGCAAUCACGUUGAUCCUCUGAAGGAGCAGCUGAAGCGCAAGCCUCGUCCCUUCCCCAAACUAAACAUUCGGCGGCAGGUGCAGAAUAUAGAGGAUUUUCGCUUCGACGACUUUGAAAUUCUCGACUAUCAGCCAUAUCCCAAGAUCCACAUGGAAAUGGCCGUUUAGCUCGGCAACUACACCGUUUCGUAUAUAUAAAUUAAUUGGAUCGGUGUAGUGUCAUCCGUACAUCCGACUAUUAUUCAUUAUGAUUAGGACAAUUUUUUUUCUUUUUUUUGCUAGACUAUAAAAAACUAUCCUAAACUCAAUAAUAAACUAAAAUACUAAACAAAUAAACACUCAAAAAAUAUUGAAA